CAUUGCAAUUCAUCCAACGUAAACAUGAAAGAUAUUCAAUUGUUUGCUGUAUUUGGCCUAUUUGUCUUUGUGGCGGCUUGUGCCACCGCAUUGCCAUUCGAGGAUACAACCUUAGUAACCGAAACGGAUAUAACCACCACAAUUGAACCAACUACAGUGGACUCCACCACAACAGAAGAUAGCACCACACCAGAAGAUAGUACAACACCAGAAGAGAGCACCACAAUUGAGGACAUAACUACAACGGAACCACCGCCUGUUCUAUGUGAUGAUGGAGUGGAUUUCCUACCAGCUCCGAACUGUGAAGAAUAUUAUCAUUGCCUACAUGGUGUUGGAAUUUUGAAAGUAUGUCCGGACGAACUCUAUUGGGAUCCCAUUCUUAAUGUCUGUGGCUGGGACACCGUGUAUUGUCAGUCAAGUGAAAAUGACAAGGAUGAGCCAAACAAUCCAGCACUUGAUUGCUCAUUGGACGAUGCUGAGUUUCUUCCUUACGAACCUGAUUGUUCCAAAUACAUUCAAUGUGUAUCGAAGCGACCGAUCACGCAAAGUUGCCCACCAGGUCUUUUUUGGAAUCAACCAUUGAAGCAUUGUGAUUAUGUAUGCGAUUAUAGUUCCGAAUAGAAGGAUAUGCGAGGAUGAUUCAAACAAUAUCUGUUCAUGUCAUAACACAAAAACAAAAGCAAGAAAUUAAAUGAUGUGAGAGAAAAUAUAUUGAACUCCCAAUAAAAUGUGCAUUUCAACAUGGCAAUACCAAUAUUAAA